CCAUUCGAGAGGGCGAAUUUCGAAUCGUUUUCCAUUAUUUUAUUAAAAUUCAUACCGCAUUUUCAAAACAGUUUUAUGUGUUCUUAACUAUAUCUCAAAACUGUAAUUUUUGCAUAAUGUCGUACAAAAAUAUAUAUUAUUCAAACAAAUAUUAUGAUGAUAAAUUUGAAUACAGGCAUGUAAUCAUUCCUAAAGAAAUGGUUAAACUGCUACCAAAAUCUCGCUUAAUGAGUGAAAAUGAGUGGCGUAAUAUUGGAGUGCAACAAAGUCAAGGAUGGGUUCAUUAUAUGAUUCAUGAGCCUGAGCCUCAUAUCUUGCUAUUUAGACGACCUUUACUAGGUCCUGCUCCAAGCCAAGAAGAACAAGCAAAGAAUGACAUUGAUUAAUUGGUGGCAUUCAGUUUUUAAGUACUUGUAUAUAGUGUACAUUUUUUUUACAAACUGAGGAACCCAAUUAAAACUGGCAAAUUUUGGUAGUUCAAAACUUUUUUAAGAUGGAUCCAGAGUCAGAUAUACUACAAAUAGUUUGUAAUCUGUCAGUUUUAUUAUUUUUUUUUCAGUUAUUUUUUGUCUAAGCAAACUACUUUGUUUCCUUAAAUUAUGAAAAGAAAGAAAUAUGGAUAAAAUCUCUUUGUUUCAUAUUUUUUAAUAAUAUGUAAUAUCAUUUGACAAAAUAUGAACUAUGAAUUAUCUUGUACAAUUUAAAGAAUUAUUUAUUUGUCAAGGAAAUUAAAAUAUAUUACCGGAAACCACCUUUCAAGGGGAUUCAUGUCCAUUAUAGUUGUGUAAAUGCACCUAAUUGCAAAAAUAAUUUGUAUUUGUGAUGAAAAAUGUUAAAAACAGUUUACAAGCUUUAUUUUUGUAUUUGGUGCAUUGAAAUAUCUAAAUUAUCAUUAGUAUAAUGUAUGUAUAUCAAAAUAAAAUGUGUUGUUUAAA